ACCAACAUAAAUAGGAGGCGUAAACGUCAAAAUUUUCAAUAUAGGUUAUGUUACUUGUUUUAUGAACUCAAAUAUAAGCAAUAUAUACAAAAGAUAUUUAAAAGAUGAAUGAAAAAUCAGAUGACAAACUUAAUUGGAUGUAUAAGGGUCCAAAUAGUUUGGUUAACAGAGAAGACUAUUUACUGGGUAGAUCUGUAGAUAAAACAUUAGAGCAAUUAGAUGCUGAAGAGAAGUCCACCUCUGCUUCACUUCCCAUUCCAAAAAAUCAUGUGGAACAUGAAUGCAUCCCUCCAUCAAUUAGGGACUUCAAUAAAAUAGUCCAAGCUGAACAGGUAGAUAUAUCCGCAAAAUUACAAGAGGAUCCUUUAGUUGCCAUAAAAAAACGCGAGGAGGAAGCAAGAAGACAAUUUCUACAAAAUCCGGUACAGUUAAAAAAGCUCCAAAAGGCUCUAGAAGUACAAUCAGCAAAGAAAAAGAAGAAGAAAAAGAAACGCAACGAUUCAGACAGUGAUGUUGACCAAAAAUUAAGUGAGAAAUUGGCUCUUCUGCAACAAUGCAAUUUGCCUCUAGAAAAUCUGCCAAAGAUGUCCAAAGAAAGUUCACUGGACACAAUUUUGAUGCACAAAUUUAAUCAGUUCAAAGACAAACUGACUCAAGACGACUUAAAGGAGAUUUUGGCUGCCAAAGAUAGUGACGAAGAAAAAACCAGUAAGAAGAAAAAGAAAAAGAAAAAAAAAGUUAAGAAAAAAAAGUCCAAAAGGAGUAGUAGCAGCAGCAGCAGCAGCAGCAGCAGUAGUAGUGAAGAUGACAGUACUUCUAGUGAAGAAGAGAGAAUUAAAAAAAAGAAAAAUCGUGAAAAUAAUAAAUUAAAAUCCGACAAAAAGAAACAAAAGGAAAGCAGGGUUGAAAGUUUAGAAAGGUAUAAAAAUGUUAAAAGAAAUAGGUCUAUAAGUAAUAGUCCUGACAGGAAAGCCAGAAAUAAAGAUAGAAGUAGUAGUCCUGACAAGAAAGCCAGAAAUAAAGAUAGAAGUAAUAGGGAGAGGGAUAGAAGUUUAGAAAGGCACAAAGAGAGGGAAAAUAGGAGAAACAGAAGUAAAUCUACAGAAAGGAAAAAUAAAAAUAGUGAUGAAGGCAGAAGCAGAGAGAAAAAGAGAAAAGUUGUUGCUCAUAGUAGUAAACAUCACUCCUCGGAUGAUAGUAGUGAUGAUAAAAGAAAAAGAAACAAUAAGAAAUACAGUUCUAGCCCAGAAAGGCAGAAGAAAAAUAAGAAAUAUUCCUGUAAUAAAAAAGAUUCCUCAGAAGAUAGCAGUGAUGAAGAUAACAAAAAGAAGUCUAAAAAACAAAAUGGUAGUGAAAAUGAAGCUGAUACUAGAAAGUUUUAUGUAAAAAAAGAGUAUGACAGUGAUGGAAAUGAGAUUCCCAAAUCACAAGCUUGGGGAUUGGUUAAGUCAGAUGGUACAAAAAUAGAUGUGAAAUCUAAGCCUAUAGACUCAUAUAAAAAGGAGAAAAAGAAGGUUACUGACGAGCCUCCAGUAAAACCAGUCCAUAAACACAGAUCAAAGAAAUUAACAGAAGAAGAAAAAGAAAAAUUAAGAAGGGAAAUGAUGAAAAAUGCUGAAGUGAGGGAUAAAGAAAGAACUGAAAAUGUGAGAAGGUACAGGGAAAAGGACAAAAUAGAAGAGGAGAGCAGUAAAGGCAGUUACAAUGAAGAUUUUGUACAUAGAGAACUAAUUAAGUCUGCAAAUACUUCUAGUGUAGAAGGUAGAAUUAAGUCUAACUUAAAUAAUAUCCAGAGAUCCUCUGGACACAUGGACUCUCAUUUUUCCAGAAGAUGAGAAACUUAUAUUCCAAUGGAAUUUGUACAAACUAUUGUUAUGUAACAUUGUUCAUAUCAUAUUUUAAUCCACAAUUAUUUUGUAUCAAGUGUUAAAUCUUACAUUAUAACUCUUAAGUACU